AAAAAAAAUAAAAAAAAAUACCUUUUCUCUUUAAUUAAAUAUUGUAUAUUUCCCAACCUCUCUUUAAACGAAAAGCUUUAAAAAAAACAAUGGCGAGAGGCAGUUCAGCUAAGUCAAAGAAGCAAGCCAGCCCUCCUUUUCAUCCAAAAUACGAGGAUAUGAUUCGAGAUGCUAUUGUAGCUUUGAAAGAAAGUCAAGGAAGCAGUCGUACAGCUAUUAAGAAAUAUAUCUUAAAUACAUAUAAACUUCGCGACAAUGCCGUCACAACCAACCGUCUCAAGAUGGCCAUUGCUAAGGGCGUCGAUAAAGGAACUUUUUCCUUCGUUAAAGGUCCCAGUGGUACUCUUAAACUCGUGAAAAAGGAAGCAGUCAAGAAAGAAAAGAAGGAAGUUGAGAAGGAAAGCUGAAAAGAAGGAGGUUAAGCCAAAAGCUGAAAAAGUACGUUUAUUAUUUUAAAUUAGUUAUAUAAGGAGUAACUUUUGGAGGAGUUUUAAAAGAGUUUGAGAUGUUAAUAAUCUUUACUUUUAGAAUUAUUUUCACAAUGUAAUA